AUGCGCCAUUGCAUUGAUUGUAAAACUAGUCUAGAUUUUCUCCUUGCGGAGUCAAAUGGUAAUAGCGCAACGACUCUCUGCUCAUAUGACGAUGAGCCGGCAACUCUAAUCCUGGCUAUUGGCUCCUCCCUUAAAGUGAUGAGCAAUUAUCUGCACUUUUGGCCAUUCCAUUCUGGAGUUCCCACCACCACCAGCAGCAGCAGCAGCAGGAAAGAAUCUCCUCCUCCUCCUGCCAAACGAUCUCGUGCGGACUCGGAAGUGGCAAAAAGGGGAGAAAGCGAAGAAGACGAUUCUUAUACUUGUGACUAUGCAAUCAUAAAUUUUCAAAAGACUCCCAUUGACAGAUAUGCGGUUUUUGUUUGUCGUUCUAAUUGUGAUGAUAUCCUCAAGGCAACUCUAGAUCACCUAGGCAUCACCAUACCCACCUAUGACGAAAGCACUGAUCCGCUAAGAGAUCUUGCUGUUCCACUCUUGAAGGAGGAGUGCAUGUCUAAGAAUCGACAAAGUAUUUUCAACCCCUGA